AUGUGGCCAGACCACGCCCCAAUAUUUAUGACACGUUCAUCCCCCCUCUACAGACCAGCUUUUGGACAGUGGCGCCUCAAUGAGGCGCUUCUGUUGGACCUGGUGGUGACAGCAGACUUUCACCAACACCUCACCCACUACUUACAGGAAAAUGAGACAACAGAUAUUGCACCCAUGGUGCUGUGGGAAGCCCAUAAACCUGUCAUCAAGAGUCACUUCAUAGUGAGGAGGGGGACAAUUAAAAAAGGAGAGGGCAGCAUGCUUCACAACCCUAAUACGGGAGAUCCACUUAGAAGAGAGCCACAAACAAACACAACAUACAACUGGCUGGAUCAAACUGACAACCACCAGACAAGAGCUAUCCACCAUAAUAAACGCUUCCUAUUAAAGGAAAUACUUUCAAACAAAAACAUUCUUCCACACUAA